AAGCGAAACUUUCCAACCGAACACUAACGACCGCUCACGAAAAUGUCUCAGUGAUCUGAAGAGACUUGUAAUUUGUAAAUGAGUUUCUAGAAUAUGGCGCUAUGUUAUAAAAUAACUAAAGUACACGAAACUCUCACUCUCUAACGUCAUAAUACAGAUAGCUGGUGCUCACAGAGCUAUCUCACUCGGUGCUUCGAGUCUUAUGCGAUUCCCCAAACGAAGCAGUACAUUGAGUAUGGGGGCGUUUCUAUGUAAAUGUACACCGUAACAGCAAGUUGAAGGGGAUUAUUUUGUGCUCUGUUACACGCUUCGGCAGUGAAUUUUCGAAUUACACUGCACCUAAAGGUUUGUCUUUCAAUGAUAUUCUUUAAUUUCUUCAGCGAGUGAAAUAAGAAUGCGACUGUAAAUAACUUUGAAGCAAACGGACGUUUGGACAAAAGCGGAGACCUGUGUGAAUUACAAGUAACAAGGAACAACUCGGCCAGAUAUGGACAAAAUCGGCAAAGAUUUCAGUUUCUUCAAUUUACCGCCGGAGGAGGAGGCCAGGGAAGAUGGCGACAAGGAGACGGGGACAGCGAACUUCGUCGAGGAGACAAUUAUUUCCAACGAUGAAGCUUCAGCAUCGCCGAAGCCAAAGCCAGAGGAUGCCAAGAGCGACGCAUCGUCGGUUUCGGAGGAGUUCUCUCGGGGAAGGCCGGGUUUUGAAGGCAUCCGGUACAGAAUUCGGGAAAUUAUGGCAACCACACGUUACCAGCUAGCUGUGGUAGUGCUGGUGAUCACAGAUAUGGUGCUGGUGAUCGGUCAAUUGAUGCUGGACCUUCAGCAUACGUACGUCUUGCCCUCCCUGAUUCUGCACUAUUUGUCACUGGCUGUUCUCACGCUCUUCUGUUUCGAAAUACUCGUCAAGAUUAUGUCGCUGGGACUCGAAUUCUUCGCUCACAAGCUCGAGGUCUUCGAUGCAAUUGUUGUGACGGUGGCGUUCGUUUUAGACAUCGUCUAUCUGCACUCGUCCGAUGCCCAUUCCGGAUUAAGUUUAAUAAUCGUCCUGAGACUGUGGCGUGUUGUCCGGAUACAGAAUGCCAUGAUGCUCCAGGUUCGUCGCGUGGAAGAAAAGAAGGUGCACGCCGAACGCCAGCGCCGCCAGGCAGUCGAGGAGGACCUGGAGAGAUGCAGAGCUUACAUAGCCACACUGCAGCAUAAAUUAUCGGCCAACAACAUACCUUUCGAGGCCGAACGAAGGACAAGGAGUGAUGUAGAUAUUCCUUGAAAGGUUCUAAAUUUCGGUUCCCGCGUUUUUCAACGUACGAUUGUUGCCACGGGAGAAGAUAAAUGGCGGGUGUAAACUACGAACAAAAAAGGAUUAACAGAUUAAUUAUAUUCAGUAAUCAAGCCGUUCAGAAACAACCACCAUAUCUGAAUCUCGUUUGUCUAUUACAAAAGCUAACGGAUCGGAGAUACUAUUUUACUACCGAUUUACUCAACUGGUUUAAAAAAAUUCAUUUAAGAAACCAACUGACACCCAUCGAUAUUUUGACAUUGUUUCCGACAGAAAACCGUCACUGUGCUUUGAAAAGGGUCACUUGAACUUCGUAUGAAUUAAAUCUUAAAGCACUAAUCGGCAACUCCUGGACGUACGGCCAAAUACUACUACAUCCCAAUCUCUAUUAAAAACUGUUCCAAGUAAACUGAUCUAUUUUUGUCCAUGCUGCCCGAAUUUAGUUAGAAUAAAGCCAGUUUCUUAGACAAAAGGAUAUUCCCGAAAAGAAAUAGAGGUAUAGAAAGGGUACUGAACUGAAGUACGGGUCUUAUCAAGAUUUCCUCUGCCCAGUUAAUAUUCUACGGCUUUCCUAUUGCAUGCUGAAUAGAUUGGUGAAUUGGAAGGUCGGUUUUAUUCCGAAUUUCCGAUGGCUGUGUAUUUCAUUGUUCUGAAUCACAAUUUAGUUUCCACGCAGUGAAAAUAUGUAGUAAAACCAUAUUUAUCUAUGACGCAGGUUAGUUUCCUUGCAAUAUACUUGUGUUGCAUAAAGUCAUUUGUAUAGAAUACAUGUUUUCCUGCGAUAUUUUGGGAGAGCAUUUCAAACACCUGUCUGAUAUACAAUAAAAAACAUU